AUGAGUUCAACAAUCAGGGCAUGGGUUGCAGCAGUAAGCGUGGGAGUGGUAGAGGCACUGAAAGAUCAAGGAGUGUGUAGGUGGAAUUACACAAUCAGAGUCAUAAAUCAGCACGCAAAGAACAAUCUACGCUCAUAUUUACAGGCCAAAAAAAUGUCUUCUCAAUCCUCUUCUUCUUCUUUGGUUUCUGCUAACAGUAAAGUAAAGCAAUCUGAAGAGUCUCUGAGGAAAGUCAUGUAUUUGAGCUGUUGGGGUCCAUAUUGA